GGGUAGUUGCUGUGUGAAGUAACGUCACAGCGAGUGUGUCACUCACUGGCAGGCUGAGAGAGACUGAGCUGGGUCCCAAGGCUAACACAGUUUAUAUCAAAACACAAUCAAAUUAGAAAAAGUAAAGAUUAUCUCCUGAACUGGCGACUCUGAGCUUUAGAAGAAAAGCAUAACGUGGGAUAUUUAAUUGCAAACCAGAACUGAUAUUUCUUCGCAUCCUGGAGAGGUCAAUACUGUACUACCACUGACAAAUAACAGCAUAGCAGCAACAACAUUGUAUGUGUUUGGGUUUAUUGACUAGGCCUGGUAUUAGAUCUCUAUUGUGGAGGAAAGCAACGGUGGAGGAGGCUACACAGGCUGGGUUUGCUCUUCUGGGAGUGGAUGUGUUGAGGCAGCAGUGUGCAGGGGAUCAGAGUGGGUGGUACUGUGAGGAGGUAAACUGGUUGCUGAGAGCACAGUCAGUCCCCACGGGAAUGCGUCAUGACAUCAGUGGUUGUUGUUGACGGAGGAGGAUCAGUCGUGGAGUAUGUCAGUGUGAUGGAGAAUCAGCAACAGGAGGAGGGGCAAGGCGAGGAGUACCCUGCAGUGAUUGUGGAGUCGGUGCCCAGUGCCAGACUGGAGCAGUGCUACGCAGCGCAGGUCCUGGUCUACGAUGAUGAGACUUACCUAAUGCAGGAUGUGGCUGAGGAGCAGGAGGUAGAGACUGAAGUAGUGGAGUUUGUGGAAGCAUCAGUGCAUGGCAGUAGUGUCCACUGCUCGGACAAAACCAUUGAGGCAGCUGAAGCCUUGCUCCAUAUGGACUCUCCAACCAGCCUGAGGGAUGACCGAAGUCCUGUGGAGGUGUUUGUACCCCCGUGUGUAACGACCCCGGAGUUCAUCCAUGCAGCCAUGAGGCCUGAUGUGAUCACCGAGACGGAGGUGGAGGUGUCCACUGAGGAGGCAGAGCCCAUGGAGAUCUGCACUGUAAUAGAGGCCCCUGAAAUGGAGCCUGUUACUAAAAAGAAAAAAGCUGGCCGUAAGCCAAAGAUCCAGCAGGCAGCUGUGUUUAAUGGUUCUCCAGAUCUGGGUAUAAAGAAGAAGCCCAGAGAAGGCAAAGGGAACACCACCUAUUUAUGGGAGUUCCUCCUGGACCUUCUCCAGGACAAGAGUACCUGCCCCAGGUAUAUCAAGUGGACUCAGAGAGACAAAGGCAUCUUUAAACUGGUUGACUCCAAGGCGGUGUCCAAACUGUGGGGAAAACACAAGAACAAGCCUGACAUGAACUAUGAGACAAUGGGAAGGGCACUGAGGUAUUACUACCAAAGAGGUAUUCUAGCGAAGGUGGAGGGUCAGCGCCUUGUGUAUCAGUUUAAAGAAAUGCCAAAAAACAUUGUCGUGAUAGAUGAUGACAAAUCAGACCCCAGCAGCGAGGACCUUCUCGCAGCCGAUAAGUCUUUUGAACGAGUGCCCCUGUCCACGGAAAGCUUCCUAACGUCGGUGGAGCUGUCCAAGACUCCAGCGAUCCUGCGAGGAGGAGGAGGAGGGAGGAGCCUGGUACUGCAGGGCCCAGCGGCGGCCGUGAAAACAACAGCGUCAAUGUCACCCCAGCCUCGCGUAGUCAGUGUCAUGUCAGCCACGCAUCAUCACGACAUAUCAAAUGAGCAGUCGCACACCACCACCAUCAUUCCAACAACAACAGGGCCCAGAACGGUUCGAGUGGCUAUGCAGGUGCCGGUGGUGAUGACCACAUCUUUGGGCCAGAAGAUCUCGACCAUGGCGGUGCAGUCUGCCAGCUCUUCUGUCCUCACCAACACCAGCCCCACCACGGGCAAUGCCCCCAAGGUGGUUAUCCAGACCAUACCCACCAUGAUGCCCGCGACAGCAGAGAACGGUGACAAGAUCACCGUGCAGCUCGCCAAGAUCAUCACCAUCCCUGCUUCCCAGCUUGCCCAGUACCAGCUGCAGGCUAAGAGUGGCAUGACUGGGGCAUCCAGCAUCAACAUAAUGGGGGCCCCAUUGGCCGUCAGAGCACUUACCCCUGUAUCGUUAGCGCAGGGGACCUCCAUCGUGAGACUGGCCUUGCCUACACAGCAGCAGCAUCACCAGGUCACCAGCCACAACCCCACACGGUUCAUCAAUGCCGUCAUCAAGAGGCCGGAGAUCAAGCAAGAGGGUGGAGCCCCCAGCACUGUGAAGCAACGACAACAUGAAGUGGAAGUGAAGAAUGUCAUGAGCACCAAGCCAGUAACUCUCACGUUCCCUGUCACAGUAAAAACAGAAGGAAGUGACGGUUGAGAAUGGAAGAGGAGGAUUAUUACAAAUGAAACAUACACUUUUAUUAGUUGCACCAGUUAGAGACUACUUGCUGUUGUAUACAGGGGCGGUGGGGUGAAACUGGUCGUUCUGACAUUAAAACAUUUUGGCAAUUAAUUUUGUAAUGUACAGCUGUCAAACAGACUAAAGGAAAAAAAAAAAUGAAAGCAAAAGACUUCAGCAGUCCCAUGCUUUUUGUGGGAUUUUGAACCACAUGCAUUUCAUAAUAUAAUAAUAAUUAUUAUUAUUGGUGACUGAUAUGAUUCAGUGAUUUGAAAAAAAAAAAAAAGAAA